CUGCAGAUCUCUGUCCGGUGCUCAGAGAAGCUUAUUUUUGGCCGGACUUUAUGACCCCUCCGGAUUUCCGUGAGGGAUGCGUCGAUGAUGUUACCAUGUAUGAACCGUAAUUGGGGACGGUGACGCUGUCGCUUUCAUAUGGAAGGGGCACUAAACCAUACCGGUGUAAUUCUAACGACACGUAGGCAAUUGCAGCGCCAAACGUGGGUUUAUUGUAGCUGAUUCUUGGUGAAUAGUGGAAUUCGGAAGGAAGUUCUUUCGGCGGAUCUACUGUAUAAGCAACAGAAUGAAGGAGAGCAUUGAGGGAAUUGAGAGGUUCGUCAGUCCGGGAAAAGGGCGAGGACUCAGAGUCAUCAAACCCUUCAAAGUUGGGGAGCUUCUCUUCGCUAGUCUUCCAUAUACUUACGUCCUGACUGCCAGCGAGAGAGGCUCUAACUGUGAAUUCUGCUUCACAAGGAAGGAGGGCUUGGCAAAAUGUGGGAAGUGCAAAAAAGCGUUGUAUUGCAAUGUGAAAUGUCAGAAAGGGGAUUGGGCCAUGCACAAGCUGGAGUGCGGGGCCAUGAUAGCGUACGGGGAAAAAUGGUGUCCAUCUGAGUCCGUCCGACUGGUGGCUAGGAUAAUCGCCAAACAGAAAGCCCAGAAAGAGAGGAGUACGUCAGAGAAGCUGCUGCUGAUUGGAGAGCUGGAAUCACACAUAGACGAUGUAGACAAUGAGAAGAGGGAGAUGAACGAGGGAGACAUAGCCAGCCUGCACCAGUUCUACUCCAAAAACCUGGACUUCCCCAGCAAAACAGCCCUCCUCACACUUUUCUCACAGGUCAAUUGUAAUGGCUUCACAGUGGAGGAUGAGGAGUUGUCGAAAAUGGGCUCAGCAGUCUACCCUGAUGUGGCCCUGGUAAACCACAGCUGCUGUCCUAACGUCAUAGUGACGUACAAGGGGAAUGUGGCCGAGGUCCGGGCUGUGCAGGACAUGACCCCUGGGGAAGAGGUGUUCACCAGCUACAUAGACCUCCUCUACCCUACAGCAGACAGAAACGAGAGGUUGAGAGACGCGUACUAUUUCACCUGCGACUGCAAAGAGUGUAAAACCAAAUCUAAAGACAAGUUGAAGCUGAAGGUGCGUAAGAGGAACAAGUCUCCAGGACCGGAGGAGAUCAGUAGCAUGAUGCGCUACGCUAGGAACACCAUCAAAGAGUUCCGUUCUGCCAAACAAAUAGCAGAAAAAUAUCUGAAAACCCCUGGAGAGCUGAUGGAGAUGUGCCAGCUGAGCCUGGACAAGAUGGGUGAGGUGUUUGAGGACUCCAACGUGUACAUGCUGCACAUGAUGUACCAGGCCAUGGGAGUGUGUCUCUACAUGGGGGAUUGGGACGAAGCCAUCCGUUAUGGAGAGAAGGUCCUCAAAUCCUACAGCAUACUGUACCCUCCCUACUCCAUGAAUGUGGCCUCCAUGUAUCUGAAGUUGGGCCGUCUGUACCUGGGCCUGGAGAGAAAGUUAUCGGGCAUCGACGCCCUGAAGAAGGCGAUGGCCAUAAUGGAGGUGGCUCAUGGAAAGGAUCAUCAGUAUCUGAUAGAGCUUCGUAAAGAGAUCGAGAUGCAUAAAUAAACAAAGUGACCUCACACACUGGGAAUAACAGAAAUGAAGUGACCUCACACACUGGGAAUAACAGAAAUGAAGUCUCUCUUUGUCUCUCUCUCACACACAAAGAGCUACAGUGUACGGCACUUUCCCUUCUCCUUGGUUUUAAAGCACAGUAGGAGGAGAAUGGUAAAGUCAUGGAGAUAUGAUCUAUUUAAUUAUGUGGUUAAAAUAUUUUAUACAUUUGAGGUCUUGACUACGAGUGCAGUUAUUAAAUAUGGAAUACCUUUGUACUGAGCAGAUCUUUGAUUCCUGUCAAACUUUUGUUAAUAUGUCUAAAUGUUUUCAUGGAUUGAGGUGCACUUGGGACAAUUCUCUCCCCAAAUGCAUGCUUGUUUUAUGAGAAUAGAUCAUCCAUAGAAUUGCCAUUAAAUAGACAUCUCAGCUGUU